AUGGGUCCUUCCAAGAGCUCCAACCUCGGGCAGAUUAUCGAGUACAUCCCAGACCGCCUGUAUCUCGCCUCGUAUAUCCACCCGCCAAACGAGGAUACUCUCUUCCCUUACCCAGAUGGGCCAGUGAAAUCGCCCACCAAGAGGUCGCAAAGGGCUGGCAACGGGCCCCAGGCAGUCCCCAAGUCCCCUUACAAGCAGCCAUACUACUUCACCGUAGACGACACUCUGCUAUACAACAACUUCCACCAUGACUUUGGCCCGCUUCACAUUGGCCACCUCUACAGGUUUGCCCUCCAGUUCCAUGAGAUCCUGGGCGCAAAGGAGAACAAGGAUCGCCCCGUCGUGUUCUGGAGCAGAGCGGACCCGAGGAGCCGCGCCAAUGCAUCGGCCCUGCUAGCUUGCUACAUGGUCCUGAUCCAGUCCUGGCCGCCACACUUGGCCCUGGCACCCAUUGCCCAGGUCGAUCCUCCAUUGAUGCCCUUUCGCGACGCUGGAUAUAGCCAGGCCGACUACGGCAUCACUGUUCAGGAUGUCGUCUAUGGAGUGUGGAAGGCAAAGGAGGAGGGCGUGUGUGCCCUCGAGGACUUUGACCUGGAUGAGUACGAGAGGUUCGAGAGAGUAGAGCACGGCGACUUCAACUGGAUUACCCCCAGCUUCCUGGCCUUCGCCUCGCCACAGCAGGAGCCGGUUGCGAGAAUACCAGAGAACUCCGAGCUCUGGGCAACCGUGCCCAAGACUCUGGACGCCGUCGAUGCACACCCAACACUGCCACAACCGUUCAAGAACGUCCUCUCCCACUUUUCUGAGCGCAACAUUGGCUUGGUGGUGCGAUUGAACUCGGCAUUGUACUCCCCAUCCUACUUCGAAGGCCUGGGUAUCCAGCACCUGGACAUGAUAUUCGAAGACGGUACCUGCCCAGCGAUGGGCACGGUGCGGAAGUUCAUCAGACUGGCCCAUGAGAUGAUCACCGUCAGGAAGAAGGGCAUUGCCGUUCACUGCAAGGCAGGACUCGGCCGGACAGGAUGCCUCAUUGGGGCCUACCUUAUCUACAGGUACGGCUUCACCGCCAACGAGGUCAUUGCAUACAUGCGAUUCAUGCGACCUGGAAUGGUUGUAGGUCCGCAACAGCACUGGCUCCACCUUAACCAGGGUACCUUCCGGGAGUGGUGGGUCGAGGAGCGCAUCGAGAGGAAGUUGCGCAAGGAGAUGGCCGCCGCCAACCCCCAGCCGAGCACACCCAUCCGUGCCAUGCAAAAGGCCAACAUCGGCCGCAGCCCUAGCAAGACCUCGACGCCUCCCAACCGCAGCCCCUCGAAUAGGACACCGUUGGGCGAGGUGGACAAUGAGAGGACAAAUGCUCCAGCAGACCAGGAGAACUACCUGCCCGCUCCCACCCCAGGGCAACCUCGAAAGACCCGCCACCACCCGUAUAGCAGCCGCGGUGGUGUGUACCGGUCCUCGAUCGAGGAGGAGAAUGGCGGCAUCCAGCAGCAGACCGAGGUGGUCUCUGUCCAACGGCAGUCACCGGCCGAGUCCGACGAGGAGCUGCACCUGCGUAUGCGAGCAUCACGCAAGGUGUCCAACUCCCCCAACUCUGCCAAGUCGCGUUCUGUUAGUCACACGACCACGACAACCUCCAUCUACACCUCGGUCAUCGACGACGCUUCCAACGACGCCGAAAACAUCGGUAGCUCACUGGGCCGGGUCAAAUCGGUCCAGACCUCGCCCAUGCGCGCUACUUCCGCGUCGGGCGUGCUGACCAAGGUCCGCGGUGGCAGCGGUGGCAAGCGAACCGGUGACAGUCUUCGAGGUUACCCCAGCGGCAAGGAGCCGGCGGGCGUGCGCAAGACGAGUGGCCGGGUCGGCAGUAUCCACAACCACAGCCCAACAACUGCGGCGGCAAACACGGCGAGGAAGAUCUCUGGAGCGCUGUGA